AUGACAUUGAAAAUUCAUAAGAAAAGAUGAAAGCUGUUGGACGUCUAUAAGAUGACUGACAAGCAGUUUCACACGGGUGUAAUUCCACUAAUUUACUCCUGAUCUAAAUGAGAAAAAGGCUGUGUCAGGAACCAUCACUCGUCAGCUGUAUUCCCAAGAGAAAGAACUCCACAAUAACCAAGGGAUCACACGGACCUACAGCAUGCACCAAUGAGAUGCAACUGGGGAGGGGAAGACAUGCUGCUGUCUGUCGCAUGCAUGAGGGCAGAGAACGUUCACCUCUGAUUACCUGCACGCAUGGCCAGAUGCCAUUUUCAGAUCAGCUAUGAAUGCGGGAGGAGAAGGAAGAAGAAAAAUAUGGUGAGAGGGAAUCAAAAGAGAAAUAGACAGAAAUACACAGGAAGUAAACAACAAGACAAGUAAGAGAUGAUGGCAGCUGGGGACACAGGUAUACUCAUGCCAAGGGGUGCACCUACAAAAACAGGACAGACUAUCAGCAAGAGAAAUCAAAGCAAGCAAGAAACCAGAGUUAGCAAACUGUGAAAGAGACAGACAGCAUGAGCACUUCCGGCAAAGUCAUUAAAUGCAAAGCAGCUAUUUCCUGGGAACCUAAGAAACCAUUUUCCAUUGAGGAGGUUGAAGUUGCCCCCCCACAGGCACACGAAGUUCGCAUUAAGAUUUUGGCCACAGGGAUCUGUCGCUCGGAUGACCAUGUUAUGAGUGGUGCAUUGACUGUGCCUUUUCCAAUAAUUCUUGGCCACGAAGCAGCUGGUAUUGUAGAGAGCAUUGGAGAAGGGGUGACUUGUGUGAAACCAGGAGACAAAGUCAUCCCGCUCUUUGUUCCACAGUGUGGAGAGUGUAGCCCUUGUGUAAGCCCCAAGGGCAAUCUGUGCACUACAAAUGACAUUGGUGCAGUUCGCAGCUUAAUGAAGGAUGGCACCACUAGGUUUACCUGCAAAGGAAAACAGAUUCAUCAAUUUAUUAGUACAAGCACCUUCACUGAAUAUACAGUGGUGCACGAGACAUCAGUUGUCAAAAUUGAUGCAGAUGCUCCUCCAGAAAAAGUGUGUCUGAUUGGCUGUGGAUUUUCCACUGGUUAUGGGGCUGCCGUCAAUACUGCCAAGGUGGAACGUGGUUCUACCUGUGCUGUCUUUGGUCUGGGAGGAGUUGGCCUCUCUGUUGUCAUGGGCUGUAAAGCUGCUGGUGCUUCCAGGAUCAUUGGGGUUGACAUCAACAAAGACAAAUUUGCCAAGGCUAAAGAGUUAGGAGCCACCGAGUGCAUCAACCCUCAGGACUUCACAAAGCCCAUUGAAGAUGUGCUGAGGGAGCUGACUGGUGGUAAUGGUGUGGACUAUUCCUUUGAAGUCAUUGGACGAACUGAUACCAUGACAGCUGCCCUGGCAUCCUGCCACAUGAAUUACGGAAUGAGUGUUAUUGUAGGAGUGCCUCCAUCAGCGUCAAAGAUCACUUACCCUGCUAUGCUGCUCUUCACUGGACGCACCUGGAAGGGGUCUAUUUUUGGAGGCUGGAAGAGCAAAGAUUCUGUCCCUAAACUAGUUGCAGACUACAUGAGGAAAAAAUUCAACCUGGAUGCAUUAAUAACUCACACUUUGCCUUUCGAUAAAAUCAACGAAGGAUUUGAACUACUGCGGAAAGGGAAGAGUAUCCGCACUGUCCUGGUGUUUUAGGAUGGGCCUGGGGGUUGUCAACAGCAUGACACAUCUCAUCCAAAAUCUCCUCCCUGCAAUAUCUAUAUCGUGAAAUCAUAAAACAAAGUGUGGAAAGUCUUGGAUAAUUCUUUGUUAUUAAUAGCUGAGUAAAAUGGACCAAACAAAAGCUGGAGUCAUCUGGACAGAUUUUGAUUAAUAAG